UUGUAAUCCGAGUCGAACGAUAAUGGCAGGAGCAGCAACGUUAUCCCCGUUGAUCAACAUCACGCACCUCCACUCCUCGCUCUCACCGUCGGCAAUUUUCUCCUUCCCUCACCACCACCACACCCAUCGUAUAAAGCCCAUAAUCAGCAUUUGCCAAAGCCAGCUUAACACUUCAACGGGCGAAGAAGCAGAGGAGAUUGAUGGGGAUUUCUUUGAAGGUGAUGAUGUGGUCGAGGACGAGAGCGACGAGGAAGACACAGAAAGCAGCGUUGAUUUGUUGAUCAGGUUCCUGCAAAGCAUGCUCAAGAAAGUCUCCAAGCGUGCCAAGAGGGCCUCGCGCUCUGUUUUGCCUUCCGCAAUACCGCCCCAGCUGGUGUCUUUUGCAGUUGAUGGGAUUCUACUACUGGGUUCACUUUCUAUUCUUAAAGCACUUCUUGAGGUGAUCUGCACUCUUGGAGGCUCUGUGUUUGUGGUGAUCCUGCUCCUACGCGUGAUAUGGGCAGCCGUUUCGUAUUUCCAAUCAAGUGGGAGCAGUUUUAACCGGGGGGGAAGUUCCUUUGGAACAACACAACCUGUUGCAUAAUCUUCACAACUUGGCCCCGGAGCGCUCUCUUCCAGAAUUUCCUCACAGAAUGCCACUUUGCUUUCCCUCUCUCCCUCUCUAUUUCUCUCCUUUUGAUCCUCUCUUCACGAAAUGCUACAUGACUACUAGAAUACAUUUAACUUUAUUGGCCUCUUUGAGUUGUUGGGCAGAUGUAACUAGGAAAAUGUAAAUUUGAGUAGGAAGUGAGUCAAACUGCUUUGUUAUUAAAUGGUUCAUGGCUUGUCUACUGAAUACAUAUGACGUUGUGAAUCUCCGGGAGGGUUUUUUC